AUCACAUUUUUCAUCUUCAUAGACUAAAUACCAACAUAACAAAGUUUGAAUCUUGUGCAAAAGAGUCAUUGAAUUCUACAUAUUCAUCUAUCUUUUUUGAGUAAAUUAAAUAUGCAAACAUCUAACAUGGUUUUUCGCCAAAUUGAAUAUCUUAUUGCAGAAGAGAAAGCAUCACAGAAUGAUGAUAUUGAUAUCAACUCAACUUCAAGUUCGACUUUAUUCGGUUUGGUAGGUUUUUUCCUAUACUCAACAUUCAUUGUUGGAGUACAAAAGUUCUUAUCGAGUUUCUUGAGUUUGUCGAGUUUUCGAUUUUUUUUUCUUCUCUGCAAACUUUGUUCCGGUGACUCGGGUGUAAAGGGAGAGAAGCAGAUAUCAGAAGGUGAAUCAAGUGUUAGCAGAGACAGUGUGGAGAUUAAGAGAGACGAAGUUGAGACGGUGAUGGCGAAAAUGGGAAUUUUUUGCAGUGAAGAAAGUGAGGAACUUGAAGAGAAAUAUGGUUCUAAGGAACUUUCUGAAUUGUUUGAAGAGAAUGAGCCAAGUUUUGAGGAAGUGAAGAUGGCUUUUGAUGUUUUUGAUGAGAACAAUGAUGGAUUCAUUGAUGCAAUGGAGUUGAAAAGAGUUAUGUGUAUUUUGGGAUUUAAGGAAGGUUCAGAAGUUGAGAAUUGUCAGAAGAUGAUUAAGAAUUUUGAUGAGAAUCAAGAUGGAAGAAUUGAUUUUAUUGAAUUUGUAAAGAUUAUGGAAAAUAGAUUAUGUUGACUUGUUCUGUUCCCUUGAUGUAUGAACUUAUUUUGACAUAUUAUUUUAUUUCUUUU